ACGAAUGGAAAAGUGGAAAACUCCUCAUUUGUUUUUUGUGUGUUUAGUAUCAGCUGCCAUUGAAGCCACGAAGCAAAGAGAUUGAGAGUGGCAAUUGCAAUGUUCUCACAGUGCCAUUUUCUCUCUCACUCCCCAAUUCCCAAUACUACCUUUCGUCUCAGAGCCAUGGCGCCUCACAGCACGCCUCUUGAACUCAAUCGCUUCGCCGAGGUCGGUAACAAAGUCGCCGAUGCUGCCGGAGAAGUUAUCCGCAAAUACUUCAGAAAAAACUUCGACGUUAUUCACAAACAUGAUCUCAGUCCAGUAACCAUUGCAGAUCAAUCUGCUGAGGAGGCUAUGGUUUCAAUCAUACUAGACAAUUUCCCUUCUCAUGCCAUUUACGGAGAGGAAAAUGGGUGGAGGUGUGAAGAAAAGAAUGCUGAUUAUGUUUGGGUAUUAGAUCCCAUAGAUGGGACUAAGAGCUUUAUUACUGGGAAACCUGUAUUUGGUACUCUCGUUGCUCUUCUACAAAAUGGCACACCAAUCCUUGGCAUAAUUGAUCAACCUGUGUUAAGAGAAAGGUGGAUCGGGAUAGCAGGAAAGAGAACCUCACUGAACGGACAAGAAAUAUCUACACGCACUUGUGCGGACCUUUCUCAAGCAUACCUGUACACCACAAGCCCACAUCUGUUCAGUGGAGAUGCAGAAGAGGCAUUCAUUCGUGUUAGAAGCAAGGUUAAAAUUCCAUUGUAUGGCUGCGACUGCUAUGCAUAUGCACUUUUGUCUUCUGGUUUUGUGGAUCUUGUUGUUGAGUCUGGUCUGAAGCCAUACGAUUUUCUUGCAUUGAUUCCUGUUAUUGAAGGCGCUGGAGGUGUCAUAACUGAUUGGAAAGGAGAUAAACUGUUUUGGGAAGCUUCUCCACUUUCAAUCGCCACAAGUUUUAAUGUUGUGGCUGCUGGUGACAAACAGAUUCAUCAACAAGCUCUAGAUUCAUUGCAGUGGAAGUGAUAGCUUGAAUUAAUCUUCAGUGCAAAUAAUCUUCUCUGCAAAUGGUCUUGAUUCAGAUGUUCCUAAGGACAUGUAUUACCGUACCAUUUUCUGGCAUUUAAGUUGAAAACCAUGUACUCAGAAUCUUGAAUAAGUUCCUGCAGAAAUUAACCUCUUUCUCUAUUGGUUGGUCACGAACUCUUCAACACCUUGUAACAAGUUCCAAAUUCAAAAUAAACUCUAUAAAUAAAUUUGAAAACUCUAA